AUGCCCGCCACAACAGCCGAGACGCUGUCGCUCGUGACCCGCAACGUCUCCGUCGCGCCGCUCGUCCUCCUCUCCGCAGCAGACCACUACGGCCGCCAAGCAAAAGGAACAAAGAGGAGAGUAGUCGGUGUUCUUCUCGGACAAAACGACGGCAAGAACGUGCGAGUAUCCAACAGCUUUGCGGUACCAUUCGAGGAAGAUGAAAAGGACCCGUCGGUAUGGUUUCUAGAUCACAACUAUGUCGAGUCGAUGAACGACAUGUUCAAGAAGGUCAACGCGCGGGAGAAGCUCAUCGGCUGGUAUCACACAGGGCCUAAGCUGCGGGCAUCAGAUCUAGAGGUCAACGAGCUGUUCAAGCGGUACACGCCGAAUCCGCUACUCGUCAUCAUCGACGUACAGCCAAAGGAGGUCGGUGUACCGACGGAUGCAUACUUUGCGGUGGAGGAGAUCAAGGAUGACGGCACAACCACCUCCAAGACCUUUGUCCACACGCCCUCAAUAAUCGAAGCCGAAGAGGCCGAGGAGAUUGGAGUCGAACAUCUCCUCCGUGAUAUCCGCGACGUCGCCGUCGGCACCCUCUCCACACGCAUAACCUCACAACUCCAAUCCCUCCAAGGCCUCCACCUACGGUUACGAGACAUUGGCCAAUACCUCCAAAAAGUCCUCGACGAAGACCUCCCCGUCAACCACGCCAUCCUCGGCAACCUCCAAGACGUCUUCAACCUACUCCCCAACCUCUCUACACCCAAGCCGACGCCCAUUGGUGGUACUGCGGCAACAAACGGUGCAGAUGGCGGUGACAAUGGCGAGCUUGCGCGCGCAAUGAGUGUCAAGACGAACGACCAGCUCAUGACGAUUUACCUGUCUAGUCUGAUUAGGGCGAUUACUGCGUUCCAUGACUUGAUUGAGAAUAAGAUACAGAACAAGCAGCAGGCAGAGGACAAGGAGAAGAUUAAGGAGGAGGGCAAAGAGGGUGAGAAGAAGGAGGGCGGUGGCGACAAGACGACAAAUGGUGAGGUCAAGGAGGGGGAUAAGAGUAAAGAGAAGAAGGAUGAGUCGAAGAAAUAA